GGGCCAAUAACAGCCCUUUAUUAUAUAAACCCUUUCUCCUACUCAAACCCUAAGCUUUCCUUCAUCUUCAUCGCUACCGCCUGACAUUUUUCAUCAGAGAUCUCCAAAAUGCCGUUCAAAAGAUAUGUUGAGAUAGGAAGAAUUGCUCUGGUCAACUAUGGCAAAGAUUAUGGAAAGCUUGUUGUCAUUGUUGAUGUUAUUGAUCAAAAUAGGGCAUUGGUUGAUUGGCCUGACAUGGUAAGGAGUCAAAUGAACUUCAAAAGACUCACCCUUACUGACAUCAAGAUUGACAUUAAAAGAGUUCCAAACAAGAAGACCCUCAUUGCUGCUUUGGAAGCUGCGGAUGUCAAGAAUAAGUGGGAGAGCAGUUCAUGGGGAAGAAAGCUUAUUGUUCAGAAGAAGAGAGCCUCACUUAAUGACUUCGAUAGGUUCAAGAUUAUGUUGGCCAAGAUAAAGAAAGCCGGAGUUGUAAAGCAAGAACUAGCUAAGCUUAAGAAGGAGACCACAGCAUGAUAUGGUCAAGUUAUCAAGAUUUUGGUUUAGUUUAUUUGAAUGUUGAUGAACUAUCUGUUGCUUUUGCUUUCGAGUACAAUGAGAUUAUUAAAUGGAAUUUUGUUUCAUUA